AUGCCAUUUCAUGACUCGGCAGACGCCCGUCAUCGACGGAUAGCAGCAACAGCAAAAUCGCGGCGAAAGGCUUGCAACGCAUGCAUCAAAGCCAAAAGACGAUGCGACCUGCAACAUCCAUCAUGCCGACGGUGCAUUGUUAGGGGCAUUGAGUGCUACUACCCGUCUACGAGACUCCAUGAUCCUACUCCUAUUACUACUGCAACACCCAGUAGUAGUGGUGAUAGUAGUAGGCGGCACAGGGACAGGGACAGCCAAGAUGGCGAUUCUCAAGGACUAGUCUCGACCUCAUUAUCAUCAUCAUCACCGUCCUCUUAUUCCCCUCCCUUUUUAACGCCGUCAUUUUCUUCGGCUGCUACUGCUACUGCUACUAUGCAGCAGUUCCCACCUACAACGCACUCACUCCUAUACUCAGCUGAAUUACUACUCCUGCAAGGUACCAGGAUAAAUCCGCUAUAUUUCCUAGUCCCCGACUCGUGGACUGUUGCAAGCAGUGAGAUGGCGCGCCGUAAUCGUAUUGGACGCACGAUUCCCCAACUUAAUAAAUCUGUACACCAGGUACAGUGCUGGGCGAGAGAGUGGAUUGAGCAGGGGAGUAAUAUGUUCAUUCACAAAAACCUUUAUUAUCAUGACGACAGCUAUAAUGAUGAUUGCUAUCCUCAUGGUGGGGACGCAGCCGGGCUACACAUGCCAAAAUGCAUUCAAGAUGCGUACACGUCUUGCGCGGCAUAUUUUGCGUGUACCACGAAGAAUAGGAAAAUGGCGUUGGGGAUUAUUGAGCAACGAGUAGCGACAUUAUUGGCAGAACAAGGAGAAUAUCAAAAUAAUGACAACGACGGUGACAAUGGUAUAUUUUCAACCAGGGAUAUCUCUGAUGAUAUGAAUAACAACACAAAGACCAAAAGCGUACUAGACCAUCUAGCCCGCGUCCAAGCAUUACUGGUAUAUCAACUAAUUCGACUCUACGACGGCGAUAUCCGUUCGCGCGUCAUGGCAGAGUCUCUCAUCCCAGUGCUAACACGGUGGUGCAUGCAAAUGCUCGACAGCGCGUUACUUUCGAGCCAAUACGUGUAUUCGAUGUCGACAUCCAUGGGCCCUUAUCUAUUGAGCAGUAGCAGUAACGGCAAGGCAAGCGUCGAAAAGAAACUUCGCUCAGAUUGGCAGGCCUGGAUCCUCGCCGAAAGCGUUCGUCGCACCUGGCUAGUCGCCGGCCAUAUGCAGUGCAUUUAUAGUCUGUUGAGCUACGGCAUCAAUGCGUGCCCUGGUGGAUUAAUGUUUACGCCUCGCGCGGGCCUGUGGCAUGCCGAGUCGGCGUAUGAAUGGUGGGCGAGGUGUCGGGAGAAGACGAAAGACAGCCGCGGUGGUGAUGGGUUAUUGUUUUGUCAGAGUUUGGAGUCGGGUACGCAGUUGUUAAAGAAGACGAGUCCAGAGGAAGUAGAUGACUUUGGGAGGUUUGUUUUGGAUAUUAUGGCGGGCGAGGAGAAGGUGAAUCAGUGGUUGUCUGUCUAG